CAAACCAAAAACCUCACACAUUUCCAAUUUCCCACAUCGGUCUCCGAUUCUCAUAUCACCACAGAGAGCAGCAGCAGCCAAUCCAGCCAUGGCUUCUCUCUUAUCCAACGCCAUCUCCCUCUUCUCUCCCCAACCCACCACCACCUCCUCCUCCUCCGACUCCCCCAAGUUCCCCAAACCCUUCCUCCCCACCGCCUCCAACUUCCUCAAACCCCUCACCCCCAAACCCUCCUCUUCUUCCCGCGUCCUCCGCGUCCGCGCCGACGUCGAACCCGACCCAUCCGCCACCUCCCCCCAAGGCAAGCUCAACAUCGAGGAGUUCCUCAAAAACCGCGACUACAACGAGAAAUUCGGCUUCAACAUCGAAAUCGACUCCCACUCCAUCCCCAAGGGACUCACCAAAGACACCAUCGUCCUCAUCUCCAAGAUCAAACAAGAGCCCGUCUGGAUGCUCGAGUUCCGCCUCCAGGCCUUCGAGAAGUUUCUCACCAUGAAAGAGCCGGCCUGGUCCGACAACACAUACCCGCCCGUUGAUUUACAGGACCUCUGCUACUACUCGGCGCCCAAGAAGAAGACAAGCUUGGAAAGUCUAGAUGAGGCCGAUCCGGAGCUGCUCAAGUACUUUGAUCGGCUCGGCGUGCCGCUGAACGAGCAGAACCGGCUGGCGAAUGUGGCUGUGGAUGCUGUGCUGGACAGUGUCUCGAUCGCCACCACGCAUAGGAAGACUCUGGAGGAGGCUGGGGUGAUCUUCUGCUCGAUUUCGGAGGCCAUUAGGGAGCAUCCGGAGCUGGUGAGGGAGUAUCUGGGGAAGGUGGUGCCGGCCGGGGACAAUUACUACGCUGCGCUGAAUGCUGCGGUGUUUAGCGAUGGCUCGUUUUGUUACAUUCCCAAGGACACGAAAUGUCCUAUGCAGAUUUCGACUUAUUUUCGGAUUAAUGCCCUGGAGACCGGGCAGUUCGAGAGGACGUUGAUCGUGGCGGAGGAUAGGAGCUUUGUGGAGUAUCUGGAGGGGUGCACGGCUCCUUCUUAUGACAGGAACCAGCUCCACGCCGCGGUGGUGGAGCUGUAUUGUGCUGAAGGGGCCGAGAUUAAGUACUCGACGGUGCAGAAUUGGUAUGCUGGGGAUGAGCGAGGGAAGGGAGGGAUAUAUAAUUUUGUGACCAAGAGGGGGAGGUGUGCAGGGGCGGGGUCGAAGAUAUCUUGGACUCAGGUGGAGACGGGGUCUGCGAUUACUUGGAAGUAUCCCAGUGUGGUUCUGGAGGGGGAUGAUUCUGUGGGGGAGUUUUACUCGGUGGCAUUGACUAAUAACUAUCAGCAGGCUGAUACCGGGACGAAGAUGAUACACAAGGGGAAGAAUACGAGGAGUAGGAUUAUUUCGAAAGGGAUAUCGGCUGGGAAUUCGAGGAACUGUUAUCGCGGGCUUGUGCAGGUGUUUUCGCAGGCAGAGAAUGCUCGAAAUUCCUCCCAGUGUGAUUCUAUGCUUAUUGGAGAUAAGGCUGCUGCCAACACCUAUCCUUAUAUUGAGGUCAAGAAUCCCUCCGCUCGCAUUGAACACGAAGCCAGUACGUCCAAAAUUGGUGAAGAUCAGCUAUUUUACUUUCAGCAAAGGGGAAUAGACUAUGAGAAAGCUAUGGCUGCCAUGAUAUCUGGUUUCUGCCAGGCAGUAUUCAAUGAGCUUCCUGACGAGUUUGGGUCUGAGGUGAAUCAGCUGAUUGGCUUGAAGCUUGAAGGAACUGUGGGUUAGAUACCUGUAAGAUGAGUUAUGGAAAUUCAAUCUUUUUGUCCAUGGUUGUAACCGAAUAGUUUGCAAGAGACCUUGUAUGUUUUAAAAUGGCUAGAAUACGUGAAGUAUGUACAUAAAGAUUUGAUGUAAAUGCUUAUACUCUGUUGCCAUUUGCCCACAGUAACUUGUUGAAAUCGAAGCGGGCAUAAUGACGGGCACAAAACAUAUGACAGAAUUAGGUUCAAUGCCAAACGAAAC